AUGUCAAGUUCAGUUUUCAAUACUUUAGCACAACCACCACCACCUUCCUCAACAACAACAGCAACAUCAACAAACCCUUCAUUUUACUCUAUGGAUAAUAAUAAUUCUAUAAGCGGCAAUGGCACUAGUGUCGCGACAACGACGAUGAUGACUACUGCGACUGGGGUCGUCGACAACAAUAUGAACAUUGAUAUGAAAAUGUACGCAAAUAAUACAUCAUCAACAUUGGAUAUGAAUUGGGCAAUGUUAAAUGGCUCAUUUUCUUCUUUAAAUCCACUUUCCGAAUCAACUACUAGCGGCCUAUUGCAACAGCAGCAACAGGGUAGUUUUGAUCACCCAAUGAAUGGAAACUCUAAUAAUAAUGCUGCAAUGGUAACUGACGAUGCCGCACUCUCUGAUUUUGCAUCGUCCAAGGAUGGAUUUCGAAAAUCAAGACAAAUCAUUUUUAUCAUGGACACUACCGCUCUAAUGUCUCCCUAUUUUGCAACUAUAAAAUCUCAUUAUUUGGAACCAUUGGUUCAAUCUCUAUCAAAUUCUCCAGAGUAUAAAUCAAAUACAGAAUAUGGAUUAAUAUUUUUUAGAGAUUAUCCACCCUAUUCCGAUUAUAUUGUUCAUUCGUCGUCAUUGACAAAUGAUUUACAAAGUAUACUACAAUGUAUGACUCAAACUAGAUUUCUUGGUGGUGGAUAUGCAUCGGGUAAUGCAGUGGUCGAAGGUUUAUGUUCUGCUCUAAAGAUUGCACAGAGACAAACGGCAGAUGAAAAAUGUUUUAUAUUAAUUUCAAAUAGCAUUCCAAGAAUGUCUCCUUGUAAGCUUUGUAAUUUAGGUGAUUGUUUUGAUCAUAUAAAUGAAUGUAUUCAAAAAAAAAUAUUAUUAUCAUUUAUUUGUCCAAAGUCAAAUACAUUUUUGGAAGAGUUUUGUGAGAAAACAAAAUAUAGUGAUAUUACAGAAUUUAAUGCUACCAUUGAUCAUGGAUACUUUGUCAGACUUCGAGGUGUUCCUAAUAUUUUUGAAAACACCAACAACAAUAUGAUCAUAAAUACUACUACUAAUAGACCGAUAACAUCAACGAUAACAAACGGCAACACCAACAACACCAAUACUAUUGCUACUACCAAUGCAACAAAUAUACAACAAUCACCAUUUAUACCACCAAACCAUCAAACAUCAUCAACUACACCAUUAAUCCCUCAACAACCAACUUCACUAAUAUCAACACCAACCAAUACCACAACCAUAAUCACAAAUGGAGUUAAUAGCCCAAGUAUUGCCACUACCAAUAACAACAACAACAAUAAUAUCAAUUCUCCAUCUUUGGGUUCACCAAAUAUCAAGUACAAUAAUGGCACAGUCAAUACUCCAAUUACUACUACACAACCGUCUAUUGGAAUGAUCGGGCAGCAGCAGGGAUCAAAUCUACAACAAACUAUUCAUCAACCCAUCACCAACACCACCACCAUACCAAUACAAUCACCACCAACCAUACAACAACCACUGCCAUCCAAUCAACCUACACCGACCAUGAUUCAAUCGCCACCAACAACAAUGCAAAUAACUUCACCACAAAAUUACAACAACAAUGUCAAUAUGAUUCAACAGCCAGUAGUAGAGAUACCAACCAUCACCACUACACAACCAAUAGAUUUGGCACAAACUCCCAUUCCUCAAUCAACGUUUCCUUCGCCACAAAAUCCAAUUGUUAACUUGCCAUCCAACAGUCCUCAUCAACCAAUGAUGGUAGAGCAUUCUCCGAUGCAGAAUCACCAUUCUCCUCAUCAACCUCAGCCAUCGUCUCCGUACGUUUCAAUAAACAGUCCUCAGACAAUGGUCAACAAGACUCCCUCCCAGCCACCACUUCCUAGCAAGCCAGCAGUAAAAUCACCAAAUAGUGGUAUGAAUGGAAAUAUGGCCAACGGCGUUCCAUCACCUGCACAAAACCUGCCAACACCAGUGUCUGCAGUAGCACCACCUGUUCGUCCAAUCGUUCACCUGAGUCAAAUAUGGAAUGGAUCGAUCGGAAUAAGGGACCCAACACACACCUCUAUCAUUGCCACUGGCAGUGCCUCAGCCAUUGGUACACUUCAGCUGCCCCUCCCCGAUACACUCUUUAUCACUGGUUUGUUUAGUGACGAGAGUAUCAUUAAUAAUCUCAAAAAUGGUGGUACAGUCAUGUUUUUCAAUAUUAUCAAUGGAUUCAAUGAAUUUAGUGGACUCUCGAAUCAGCUGGAAAGCGAUCCACGAUCAGUCGCUCUCAUUGAGCUUCCAGGACGUACACUUGGAUUGAUUGUCAAGGAUAAAAAGCUUUGUGGAUUGCUCAACAAUAUUGAGUUUAACCUCAAACGAAAUGAUCAACAACAACAACAACAACAGAUGAGCAAUACCAAUUCACCUUUAGCUGCCCAAAAUCAAACUAAUCCAUCAAAUCUUGUUCAAAGACAAAAUUCAAAUGGCAUAGUAAAUAAUAAUAAUGUAAAUGCAAAUAUAAUACCAAAUAAUAAUAAUUUAAAUAUAACACAACAACAACAAAACCUUAUCAAACAAAAUUCAACAUCUAAUAUAUUUGCACCAAUCAACGCACAAAAUGUAAAUAUAAACCAACCAAAAAUUCAAACACCAACCAAUGUACAGCAAGGAACCAAUUUACCAGUUCAACAACAACAACAACAAAAUAAUUUAAAUCAACAACGACCUUUACAACCAAACAAUAACGGCAACACUUUUAUACCUCAACAACAAACACAACCAAAUUUAGCACAACAACCUCAACAAUUAGUAGGUUCGAAUGUAAAUAUCCAAGCCUUGGUCAAACAACAACAAAACCUAACACCGCAACAACAACAACAAUUUGUAUCUAAUCUCACUCAAGCACAAAUCAAUCAAUUUUCACAAAUACAACAACAACAACAACAACAACAACAACAACAACAACAACAACAAAGACAAAACCCACAACCAACUUUAAACCAACAACAACAACAACCAAUAACCUCAAACUUAAAUGCCCUCGGUCAACAAAAUAAUGUUAUCAACAAUCAAUUCUUUGCUCUAAACAACGCCAAUCAAUUCCAGAAUAAUUUAAGCACCAAUAAUAAUAAUCUCGUAAACACUGCAAACUUGAAUAAUUUGAAUACGAUGAAUACCAAUUUAAAUGGAAUGAGUAAUAAUUUAAACCUCAAUAAUAAUAUGAACGUAGCCAAUUUAAAUUUACAACAAUUUGCAACAACAAAAUUUAGAUAA